AUGUAUGCUAAGAACUGUUUGGCCUUCUUGGCUACAUCCUGGUUCUUAUUGCAGAGUGUCCCCGUUGCCGCAGAUGAGAUCGUUAAUCUUGACUCGAAGCAACUGAAUGAACGGAAACUCGCUGCUGCUGCUGCCUCUGGAGAUAGUGGCUCCUGUCAAGCCCCCUCAGCAUCUACAUCUCCUACUAUCGCAUCAGUUGUGACUCCCUCAUCUACCGCGGCUAUCUGUCCUCUUGCCAGUGCUCUCUGCGCCGCCUGUCCUGUCACGACCAGCACGGUAACAGUAAGCAGCUGUCCCACUGGCACUGCAGGUGGCACUGGCAGCCCAACUUCAAGUACCUGUGAAGGAGGAUGUGGAGCAGGAGCAACAUCCAGCUCUACAAAAGCAGGAGAAAGCAGUACCAUCAGUUCUUCCAACCCAAGCAGCAGCCAAAUCGCUUCCUCAACUCCUGUCUCUUCUUCUCCAAUUCAAACCUCAACCCCUCUAGUUCCCAGCACGCGAUCCUCAACACCCUUGAUCCCAAGCGGUAGAACCAGCACUCCCGCAGAAUCCGGAAGUACCUUGCAAACCCUACCCACGAGCACCGCAGCGUCUGGCCCUGGCGCAGGUGUAAGCACUCCGGCUGGAGGUGGUGCAGUCACCCCGCGAGCGGCAAUUCCACCCGGUAUAGUGCGACGGCAGUUGAUGGGGGUGAUGAAUGUGACGGCGCCGUUCGCUAACACGAGCAGUAUUCUCACGAAUGCGACGAGUACUUUUAACAUGACGAGUUUUCGCACGACUUCCACUACCGAGGCUGGGUCUGGGUUUCGGUUUCAUAUGAGGAAUCGAUAUUAA